CUCUCUCUCUCUCUCUCUCUCCAUUUUAAGGUUAAUUUCUUGGAAAGCUUAAGGUUGGUUAUAAGAUUUUAGAAUGAGGAAACCCUGCUGCGAUAAGCAAGACAUAAACAAAGGAGCUUGGUCCAAGCAAGAAGACCUCAAGCUCAUCGAUUAUAUUCGUAAGCAUGGCGAGGGUUGUUGGCGUACCCUUCCUCAGGCUGCAGGCCUACUUCGUUGUGGUAAAAGUUGUAGGCUGAGAUGGAUAAACUAUCUACGACCAGACCUCAAAAGAGGCAACUUUGCUGAAGAUGAAGAAGAUCUCAUUGUCAAGCUUCAUGCGCUCCUAGGCAACAGGUGGUCAUUGAUUGCUGGGAGAUUACCAGGACGUACAGACAAUGAAGUGAAAAACUAUUGGAACUCUCAUUUGAGAAGAAAGCUUAUGAGCAUGGGUAUAGAUCCAAAUAAUCAUCGACCGAACAACGUUAAUCUCUCUCGUCUUCAUCAUCAAAAUUCACAAACUGUCAGCAGUACUGCAACAUUGUCUGCAGCUUUAAAAAACCCUAGCAAUUAUCAGCAGCAAGCAAGAUCCGGUGGUAAUAAUAGUUGCGACCAAAAAUCAGACGGGACAAGUUGCUUAGAGGAUGAUUCUUGUGGCCGGCUGCCUGAUUUAAACCUAGACCUCACAAUAACUGCUCCUUUGUGAAAUCCAGUUCCUGAUAACCUCAAGGAUUAGGAGCAAAAUUUCGAGUCUGAAAUGUCAAAGAAAUCGUCAGAAUUUGCUUCAUCUACCAAUACUCCUCUCUUCAGAUAAUCAAAUAUUCGUCCACGUGGAUCGGAAGGUUUCUGACUAGCAUUAAUUUUAUCUGGAACGGCUUAUGAAAUUAAUUAUGUAUUGAUCAAUUGGAGAUCAAUUAUAUAUUAGGGUCUAUUGAUUUUAAUUACCAAAAUUAAUUAUGUAUUGAGAAGCCUAGCAGUAAUUUUUUUAGAAUAAUUAAUUUUAAUUAUAAAAAUAAAACUAUUGAUUAAUUAA